AUGUUCAAGACUCAAUCUUUGUACGGUGGCGCUAUUUCCUGUGUUAUGCCAGAGGGCUUUCUGGAUGCCUCGAUUUUGCGAGAGGUUCCUGAUACUCAGGAAGUGUUUGUCAACUCUCGAGAAGCAGGCGAAAAAGACAAGUUCAAGGAUGGCCUGGGGCUCGACGAAAGUGUCAUUGUCGAUCUGCUGCAGCGCGUCGAUGCAGAGAAUGAUCGCGACGCGCUAAGUGUACACUUACAGGAGAUCACGGGUCUCAACGGCAGUAGUGACUGGACCGUGGUCCAAAUUGACACAGUUACCCAACCAACACCGUAUCAAACUUGCAUUGCUCUAGAGACGGCAUACAAGUGGGACAAGGAAGACCACGCUGAAACGCUGGUGCUUUGCGCUGCGCUCAUCCGACUCGAAGACGUACAAACGGAUGUGAUAUUAAGUGUCAAUUUGCCCGUAUCUCAGGACCAGACGCUUCAACAACUACGUCAAUGGGCUCAAGGUCCAUCGUUAAUAGCUGCUCCUCCUCAAGUCCAAGCCGCAUAUACCUUGCUACAGGCUAUGGCUACGAAUUUUAAAGUAGUGGACAAUAGCCUGUUCGUAUAA